AUGGAAGAGUUGGUCUGGAAACGUGAUUUUGAAGGUCUUAAAAAUUAUUUUGCAAGCUGUCGAGAAUCCGUAAGUGAAGAAGACCUGUCUUCACUUCUUGAAGUUCGCCUUCGAGAGCGAGGUUUGGACAUAGCGCGAGGGCCGGAUGAAAGUAUAGAAGAGGAUGUUCGUCGACACUUAGAAUUUGCUUUGAAUAUAUGCAAAAAUGGACUAUGUGUGAAGCAAACUGCCGUGCAGACGCUACAGGAUAUGUUUGAAGUGAGUGGGAUUGGAAGAUGCGAACGUUUGUUUGGAAUACUCGAAGAAAACAUGUUUCAAUUCAAACAAUCACCUCUUGUGGAAUCGUCGCAAACGCCAAUCCUGAGAAUGUGUAACGAUCUUCUCAAAAGGCUAAGUAGAAGUGCCGAAACCUCUUUUUGUGGAAGAAUACUGUUCUUUCUUAGUAGAUACGCAGACUUCUACAUGUUUAAAUGUUUUGUAGAUAUCUACCGUUGGGAGAAAAGUCAGGCCUCAAUUUGA